UAUUGGCGUAUUGUUGAAGCUCAGGAGGAGAGAGACUGAUCACACUGCUGUUUUGUAUUGAAGUGGAAAGGCAUGGCAAAUGUGUGAUUAAAUGGACGUUGAGCCGCAGAAGCAGAUCGUUUUCUAAGAUACACACUGACACAGCGACUUAGAGACGGGAAAGGCUACUCGCAGACAGGACGUCUGUUUUUACAGAAGGACGGCGUUUAGGCUGAACCACAGUUGUGCCAACAACACACUUUUCAUCCCCAUUGAGAGAAACUGGAGGAUGUCUUUUUAAUGUAGGCAACAGCAGAACUUUGCAAAUGUGAGGAAGUGGUGAGACAUGGAAAAAGACACCCCUGUUUUUGACAUGAAAUCCUAUCCAGGACAUUUCAUGAGAAAGCAGUCAAGUGUCAUUAAGGAAGAGGAUUGUGAGGCUGCCAGUGUAUUACAGUACAGACCAUGUUUAAAGGAAGAGGAAACUGCUAGUGUGAAAGAGGAGGUUUCGAGACCAAUAACUGUGAAGACUGAGUUCAAGGAGGUAACUGAAGAGAGGAAUGAUCAGAUGUCACCCGAGACACACACUGUAAUGGUAGAUUUUCAAGGAGGCAUCAUCUCACCCCUUUCACCAGACCAUCAGGACCCUCUUCAAUGCAAAGAUCCUCAGAUGGACUGUAUGCAAAGUGUUAGGAAAUGUGAACCUCUUAAAGAGAGUGUGUAUGUGGCCUAUUUCCAAGACACCAGUCCGCCUGUUCUAAAGCUGACUGGAUCAGACUGUCAAGAACAGAUGAACAAUACAAAUCCAUUAGCGAUGACAGAAAGAACUGUGGGAAAGUGCUAUAGGUGUUCUGAAUGUGGUAAGCAACUUUCCAGUUUAAGCCACCUUAAAACACACACAAGAAUUCAUACGGGUGAGAAGCCUUAUCAGUGUUCAGAAUGUGGAAAAGAGUUCUCACAAAUUAGUAAUCUUCACACACAUCAAAGAAUACAUUCUGGUGAGAAGGCAGUUCACACUAGAGAUAAGCAGUUUUCUUGUCCUGAAUGUGGCAAGAAAUUCUUUUAUUUAAGCCGUCUUAAAACUCACACAAGAGUUCACACUGGAGAGAAGCCGUACCGUUGUGUUGACUGUGGUAAACAAUUCUCCCAAAUAAGCAAUCUUUACACACACAAAAAAGUUCACUCUAAAGUUAAACAGUAUUUCACCAGCAAGUGUGGUGCACAAUCUUUACAAAUAAGGAAUCUAAGUCCACAUCAAAGAUUUUUUUCUGGAAAGAAACCGUAUUGCUGUUCUGAAUGUGGUAAGAAAUUCUCUGGCAUAAGCUACCUUAAAAUACACACAAGAAUACACACAGGAGAGAAGCCUUAUUGCUGUUCUGAAUGUGGAAAAAGAUUCUCACAAAUGAGCAAUCUAUACACACACACAAGAAUUCACUCUGGAGACAAACCACAUUGCUGUACUGAAUGUGGCAAAGGGUUUUUUCACCUUGAUCGGCUUAGAAACCACCUGAGAAUUCAUACAGGAGAAAAACUAUAUAGUUGUUCUUCAUGUGGAAAACAGUUCUCCCAACGAAGCAGUCUAUACACACACAUUAAAAGCCACACUGGAGAGAAGCAAUACCGUUGUCAAGAAUGUGGCAAGAACUUUUCUUGUUUAAGCCGUCUUAAAACUCAUGAACGAAUUCACACUGGAGAAAAGCCUUAUGGCUGUUCUGAAUGUGAAAAACGAUUCUCACAAAUCAGCAAUCUUUAUACUCACAAAAAAAUUCACUCUAGAGGGAAAUCACAUGUCAGUGCAAAUUAUGGUGAACAGUCUUCCCAAAUAAGCAAUCUUGUCACAAAUGAAAAAAAUAAUUUGAAAGAAAAGCCCUAUUGCUGUCCUCAAUGCAAUAAACAAUUCUCUAGACUUAGCUAUCUUAAAACACAUGCAUUAAUUCACACUGGAGAGAAGCCUUACUGCUGUUCACAAUGUGGGAAGCGAUUCUCACAAAUAAGCAAUCUUCACACUCAUGAAAAAAUUCACUCUGGAGAAAAGCCACAUUGUUGUGUUGAAUGUGGUAAAAGAUUCUUACACCUAGAUAGUCUUAAUAAACACAUGAGAAUUCAUACAGGAGAAAAACCAUAUUGUUGUUCUGUAUGUGGGAAGCGAUUUGCACAAAGGAAUAAUCUUCAUACACAUACAAAAAUUCAUACAGGAGUGAAUCAGAUUCAUGCUGGAGAGAAGCAAUAUUGCUGUCCUGAAUGUGGCAAGAAAUUUUCCUGUUCAAGCCGCCUGAAAACUCACUUAAGAAUUCACACUGGAGAGAAACCCUAUUGCUGUUCUGAAUGUGGCAAGCGAUUCUCACAAAUGAGCAAUCUUUAUACACAUGAAAGAAUUCACUCUGGAGAGAAACCACAUUGCUGUGCUCAGUGUGGUAAACGCUUCUUGCACACACACAGUCUUCAUAGACACAGAAAAAUUCAUGCUGAAGAAAACUAAAUGGAAAAAAUGAAUUUGUCCUCUAUUGUAAAUCUCGCUUAAGCUGUCAUUGGAAAGGAGUGCAUCUUUUACAAAUCUGUUACAUUUGUGAACUAAUAAUGUCAACAUAGCCUGCACGAUAACAAAAACAACUGACAAGACUGUAAAUGGUAUAUCUCCUGGCUUUAUACUCCCAAUCUUUUUUUUUUUUUUUAAAUCAAGGCCUAUAUGAAGAGUAAAUUAAAGGUGAAAAAAGCACCCUUUAUAAAAAUAGUCAAAGAACAGGUAAAUUUCAAUUUCUGUGAAAAUGUAGUUCACGAUCAGGGUGCACAGUUGUGCCAUGCAAGAAAAAACAGUAAAGCAGCCCGAAUUCUCCAGUGCAGAUUUUGCCAAAAGUGCAUGACUGUGAUACCUGAAAGAUGCUGGGAGAAAAAUGCAAGAUGGAAAAGUUCCUGAUGACUUGAAAACAUACUCUUCACACAGAGUUGUUCAAAGGUUAUGCAAAACAUUGAGUGUGCUUUUUAUAUGAUCUUAUUUAUUUUUGAAAAAGUACAGUACCCAAAAUGCAUAAAAAGCACAUUAACCUAAAUUCCUCUAAGAAAAAAAUGUAUUCUUGGUAUACGUACAUAGUGAUAAAAAAAUAAUUGCAAACUUCUUCUCUUUCAGUUUGAAGUGGACAGAGAUGUAAAACCAAGCCUUCAAACAAUGUGAUUUUUAAAUGGGAGAGUAAAAAUUGUGUUUAGAUUUACUUUAUUAGCAUGUCCCUUAAGGCUUUUUCAGGUACUUCUCAGAAUGACCUGCACAAAUGUCAAAAUGCAACACAAGCAGCUGUAACAAAAUACAAAGGAGAUGAUAAAGGCUUGAGGUCCCAGUUUAAUGGUUGUUGGAAUUUGUUUAAAUGUAAUUUUAUUGUCUGUAUACCAAAAUAGGAGGAAUUAGGAAGGACUUGAUGUGAUGUCCAUUUUUGAGUUCUGGAAACAGACAUGGAGAUUGUCAUUAUAUACAGGUGUAACCUCUCACUCCAGUUCCUCCGAUGUCCUGAUAAAUCUGUCCUUAUAAGACACUCACAUGGCAGAAUGCUAAAAGAUAUGAUGACCUACUGGUGAGGUUGACACCUUUCUUGGCAGUGCACCAUGGACAAAGUUUGACAAGCAAAAUGUUACGCAGUUAAGAAGUUUGAUCUUUGACAGGUGAGCAGUUAAAUACUUGGACCAUGCUGCCAUUUAGAUAUGGGUUUGCAGAACUAUCUUUACCACAGCUCAUUCCUUACAGAAAUUUAAAGUAAUCAAACUCUGUCAUCCACAUUGGACAAGUCUACAUUUUUGUAACAUUUUAAAUUAAGCAAAAUGUAAUUUUGUAAAAGCAAACACUGAUGUUUCAAAUCAAUAUGAAAAUGGUAUACCGAUGCAUGGAAGAAUUUUGUUUUUGAAUUGUUGCUGGCACUUUAAAUAAACCUCAAAUAACA